AAACUUUUGCUGGAACUUACCGACCGACUAGCUGUGUAUUGAAAUCUGUGUACAAAAAUGGCUUUAUCUGUACCAAAAGCACCCGGAGUGUCGCAGAUGCUAAAGGAUGGCGCACGGAUGUAUAGCGGCUUGGAGGAAGCCGUCUACCGUAACAUCAGUGCCUGCAAGGAGUUUGCUCAGACAAUGCGUUCCGCCUACGGCCCCAAUGGAAUGAACAAAAUGAUCAUCAACCACAUUGAGAAGCAGUUUGUGACAAGCGAUGCCGGAACCAUAAUGCGCGAGCUGGAUGUUGAGCACCCUGCCGCUAAGCUGAUUGUUAUGGCUAGUCAAAUGCAGGACGCCGAGGUCGGAGAUGGCACAAACUUCGUUGUGGUUCUGGCCGGCGCUCUGCUCGAGUCUGCAGAGGAGCUCCUGCGCUUGGGCAUCACCACCGCCGAAAUAGCCGAUGGCUAUGAAAAGGCACUGGAAAAGGCUCUUGAAAUCUUGCCCAAAUUGGUUUGCCAUAAAAUUGAGGACUAUCGUAAUGUUGAAAAGGUAAAGGAUGUCCUUCGCACAACCAUCAUGUCGAAACAGUACGGCCAGGAGGACUUCCUCAAUGACCUGGUGAGCAAGGCCUGUGUCUCCAUAUUGCCUGAUGAGGGCACAUUCAACGUGGACAACAUUCGUAUAUGCAAGAUCCUCGGUAGCGGUCUGCCCAAGUCGGAGGUAGUCCGCGGUAUGGUCUUCAAGCGCUUCGUGGAGGGCGAUGUCACCUUUGCCGAAAAGGCCAAGAUCGCCAUAUUCUCGUGCCCCGUCGACAUUAUUCAGACAGAGACCAAGGGCACAGUAUUAAUUAAGUCGGCGGACGAACUCAUGAAGUUCUCAUCUGGAGAGGAGAGUCUGCUGGAGAAUCAAAUCAAGGCCAUUGCCGAUGCCGGUGUAAAGGUUAUCGUUGCCGGUGGUAAAGUCGGUGACAUGGCCUUGCAUUUCCUCAACAAAUAUGGCCUCAUGGCUGUGCGUUUGAACUCCAAGUUCGACUUGCGCCGUUUGAGUCGUUCUGUGAACGCCACAGUUCUACCUCGCAUUACCACACCUAGCCAGGAAGAGUUGGGCUACUGUGACAAGGUGUGCAUUGAGGAGUUGGGCGACACGACAAUCGUAGCAUUCAGAAACGAGGGCAAAGACUCGCGGAUUGCCACAGUUGUGAUCCGUGGUGCCACAGACAACUUCAUGGACGACAUCGAGCGCGCCCUGGACGACGCCGUGAACAGCUUCAAGUGCCUGACACGCGAUGGACGCUAUCUGCCAGGAGCCGGGGCCACCGAAAUUGAGCUGGCCACCCAGCUGUCGGCGUAUGCUGACACUUUGCCAGGCCUGGAGCAGUACUCUGUGCGCAAGUUUGCCCAGGCUCUCGAAGUGUUCCCCAAGGCUCUGGCCGAAAACUCUGGAUUCAAUGGCACCGAAGCCGUCAACCUAUUGUAUUUGGCUCACAAUUCCGAGAGCGGCAAGAACAUCGGUUUCGACAUUGAAGCAGAGACGGCGAGCACAAUAGAUGCGGCGAAGGCAAAGAUCUUCGACCUGUAUCAGGGAAAGUUCUGGGGUCUCAAGUACGCUGUUGGUGCGGCCACAACCAUCUUGAAGGUGGAUCAGAUUAUCAUGGCCAAGCGUGCCGGAGGUCCCAAGCCGCGUCAGGCUGCCGGCAGUGAUGAUGAGAGCUAAACAUCUCGCCUAACAUCUAACAUACUACCCCUAGUUUCUCCAGCUCCUGCAAAAAUUGCUUCACACAAGAGGCCCCAUGGAAAUUAUAAAUUUCAUUAACAUCUCUCACACACUCUCACACUUGCACUCAUGCCUACAUGCACACAGUUUCUUGUAUUAAUAAACGUAACUUACGAAAACUGA